CCCGCCGAGCCCGGGGCGCCGCCGGGAGCCGCGCGGGGGCCAUGACGGUGGAGCAGAACGUGCUGCAGCCCGGCGGCGCCGCCAAGCACCAGCAAACAUUUUUAAAUCAGCUGAGGGAGAUCACCGGUAUCAAUGACAUCCAGGUACUACAACAGGCACUGAAGGACAGCAAUGGUAAUCUGGAGUUGGCUGUGGCUUUUCUCACUGCAAAGAAUGCCAAGGUUCCCCAGCUAGAGGAGGCAACUUACUACCAAACAGCCCUUCCUGGGAAUGACAGAUACAUCAGCGUGGGCAGCCAGGCAGACACCAAUGUGAUUGAUCUCACUGGAGAUGAUAAAGAUGAUCUUCAGAGGGCAAUUGCCUUGAGUUUGGAGGAAUCAAACAGGGCAUUCAGGGAGACUGGAAUAACAGAUGAGGAACAAGCCAUUAGCAGAGUUCUAGAAGCCAGUAUUGCAGAAAAUAAAGCAAGUUUAAAGAGGACGCAUCCAGAGGUAUGGAGUGACUCUCCAAACCCUUAUGAUCGGAAGCGGCAAGACAACUGCCCAGUGGGAUUAAAGAAUGUUGGCAACACGUGCUGGUUUAGUGCUGUCAUUCAGAUAGGGUGA